GGUUUCCAUUUAAUUAAGCAGCUGAGAGGCAUGAGUGUGGUGUUAGUGCUACUUCCUAUGGUGCUGUUUGUUAUGCUUGCGGGGGCUCAGCGAGCUUGCCCCAAGAACUGCAGAUGCGAUGGCAAGAUUGUGUACUGCGAAUCUCACGCAUUCAGAGACAUCCCUCAGAAUAUUUCUGGAGGGUCUCAAGGCUUAUCGUUACGGUACAACAGCAUUCAGAAGCUUAAAUCAAAUCAGUUUGCGGGCCUGAAUCAGCUCAUAUGGCUUUAUCUUGACCAUAAUUACAUCAGCUCUGUGGAUGAGGAUGCAUUUCAGGGGAUCCGCAGGCUGAAGGAAUUAAUUCUAAGCUCCAACAAAAUUACCCAUCUGCACAACAAAACGUUUCACCCAGUCCCCAACCUCCGCAACCUGGACCUCUCGUACAACAAGUUGCAGGUGUUGCAGUCCGAGCAGUUCAAGGGCCUCCGUAAACUCUUGAUCUUGCAUUUGCGGUCUAACUCGCUGAAGACCGUCCCGAUCCGAGUUUUCCAAGAUUGCCGAAACCUCGAUUUUCUGGAUUUGGGCUACAACCGCCUGCGGAGCUUAUCCCGUAAUGCUUUCGCUGGCCUUUUGAAGUUGACGGAGCUCCAUUUGGAGCACAACCAGUUUUCUAAGAUCAAUUUUGCCCACUUCCCACGCCUCUUCAACCUUCGCUCGAUUUACUUGCAGUGGAAUAGGAUCCGGUCUAUCAGCCAAGGGUUAACGUGGACUUGGAGUUCCUUGCACAACUUGGAUUUAUCAGGAAAUGACAUUACAGGGAUAGAGCCCGGGACGUUCCAGUGCCUCCCCAACCUCCAAAAGCUGAACCUGGAUUCCAACAAACUCACCAACAUCUCUCAGGAGACCAUCAACACGUGGAUCUCGCUCAUCUCCAUCACUCUGUCCGGAAAUAUGUGGGAAUGUACUCGAAGCAUUUGCCCUCUGUUCACUUGGCUAAAGAAUUUCAAGGGAAAUAAAGAGAGCACUAUGAUAUGUGCAGGCCCUAAACAUAUCCAGGGCGAAAAAGUGAGCGAUGCCGUGGAAACAUAUAAUAUCUGUGCUGAAAUCCAGGUGGUGGUUACUGAGAGAUCCUAUCAGGCGCCCAAAACCCCUCAGAGACCCGUCUUUAUUCCUAAACCCACCGUUUCCAAACUUGAAAGCAAUCAGCCAACAUCCGUGAUGCCGAGCCCUUCUGCAGAUCUCCCGACGCCUGCAGUGGAGCCAGAGUACGAGCACGUUUCCUUUCACAAAAUAAUCGCGGGGAGCGUGGCCCUCUUUCUUUCCGUGGCCAUGAUUUUGUUGGUUAUCUACGUGUCGUGGAAGCGCUACCCAGCCAGCAUGAAACAGCUCCAGCAGCACUCUCUCAUGAAGAGGCGCAGGAAAAAGGCCAGAGAGUCUGAAAGGCAAAUGAACUCCCCUUUACAGGAGUAUUACGUGGACUACAAGCCAACAAACUCUGAGACCAUGGAUGUAUCCGUUAAUGGAUCUGGGCCCUGCACGUAUACCAUCUCUGGCUCCAGGGAAUGUGAGGUUCCUCACCACAUGAAGACUUUACCCUAUUACAGUUACGACCAACCAGUGAUCGGAUACUGCCAAGCCCACAAGCCUCUCCAUGUAAAUAAGGGGUACGACACCAUGUCCCGGGAGCAGGCUGAGACGACCAACCUGGAACUCAGUCGAGACCACAGCUUCAUAGCUACGAUCGCGCGUUCGGCUGCUCCAGCCAUUUACAUUGAGAGAAUACCAAACUAAUGACGGAGGCGACUUCUUCAGGGGGCGGAGUGGGGAGUUCUUUUGAGGGACCUUUCAUCUCAGAAGAGACCAGGGCAAGAAGCUAAAGUCUACCAUUCCAGUUAUAAAUGUUCCAACACAGACAAAGGGAAGGGGAUAAAGCAAACUCCGCAGACUGU